CCCACGCCGAAUUUCUUUUUAGUUGGUCUUUAUAAUCUUUGUGUUUUUGAUUGUAAAUUAUUUCAUAGUUUCUAACAACUUCAAUUAAUUCGUCUGACAUUUUUAAACACACGUCCACUGUUCUACGUCGCCACUCGGCUGUCUGCGCGUGCCCACGCGUUAUUACACUAGACCCGACUGGGCUGACGCGUCAGAACCCCCACCACCGACCCCACGCCGAUCGAAAUCGCUCGGUCUGCGUGGCGUCAGCAGGCUCUGCGACACGCGGGACGGGACUAAUGUAAUCACUCCAGUACUAAAUGUAUGUAACCGAUAGCUUACCCACGCGUUGCGACACGCGGCGCGGGCUAAGUAUAAUUGCGGCUUUAGGAAGAGCAGUAUCUAUAUUGCUUACGCCAAACAAUGAAAAAUUUAUUAAAACUCUCCUCAAAUAUCGGCAAAACGCUGGAGUCAAAACAACAAAUGAGUAUGUUUUCGCGGUACCAGGUGCUCGUCCUCUUCGAAAGCAAUACAUAAGCCUGUCCGUUAAUGAGGAAAUUUGCAAAUGAGUGUGGUGCACUAAUUCCGAGUUCUUUGCGUGGAACUACAUUACGUAAGCACAUUGCGACAUUUACAGCUAUGCUGGAGGUUGAGGGACAACAAGUAGAGCGACUUGCCAACUUUAUGGGGCACGAUAAAGAAAUACAUAGAGGUAUUUAUCGAGUUCCAGUUCCAGUUGCGGAAAUGACGGAUGUGUCUCGCCUACUUGUUGCUGCUAUGGGAGGAGAUGAAGAUGAGGAGAACAUUGAGAGUGAGGAAGAGAAUAGUGAUAGCAGUGAAGAGGAGAUUGAGAAUUCUGAAAUGUACAGAAAUUCUUCAACUAGAGCCAAACGUCGUAGUACGUCUCCUUACGGAAGAACAAAACGUAAUAAAUUGUCUGAUUCUGAGAAACAAGCAGUGUCAAAUUUUUUUGGAAAUAUUCUCGAAUCGAAAAACUACCAUCACUUAACCAGUGUCAAGAAGCUAUUCGUAAACAUGAAGUUUUACGUCAAUGUCAACCACAGCAGUUAAAAUCAUUUAUUGAUAACCAACGUAAAAUGCAAAGUCGUCGUGAAAAAUAUGCUCAAAAAAAUAUGAACAGAAUUCAUGUACUCUUACUUAUGUUAUAGUUUUCUUAAUGUUAACAUUAUUAUUAUAUUUCUUCUAUUUCCUUAAAAGUAAAUAUUGAAUAAAAAUCGCAUUAAAAUAAA